CAGGGAGGGAGUUGCUUUCCGGUAAUAGUAAAGGAACGUGAUACUGACUGAAAACGCACCAACAGCAUCCUCGUUAGUCGGAGGCUGUCUCUUUCUGCUUAAUGUUGGUUUCUUUGUCAUCAGGUCUGCUGAAAAAUGACAGAAUAUAAACUUGUUGUCGUUGGAGCUGGUGGUGUAGGCAAGAGCGCCUUGACAAUACAGCUAAUUCAGAAUCACUUUGUGGAUGAAUAUGACCCUACAAUAGAGGAUUCCUACAGGAAGCAAGUAGUAAUUGAUGGAGAAACCUGUCUCUUGGAUAUUCUUGAUACAGCAGGUCAAGAAGAAUACAGUGCAAUGAGGGACCAAUAUAUGAGAACAGGGGAAGGCUUCCUGUGUGUAUUUGCUAUAAACAAUACAAAGUCUUUUGAAGAUAUCCACCAUUAUAGGGAACAAAUAAAGAGAGUUAAAGACUCUGAAGAUGUCCCAAUGGUGCUAGUAGGAAACAAAUGUGAUUUGCCUUCCAGGACAGUAGAUACAAAACAAGCUCAGGAUUUAGCAAGAAGUUAUGGAAUUCCUUUCAUUGAAACAUCAGCAAAGACAAGACAGGGUGUUGAUGAUGCCUUCUAUACAUUAGUUCGAGAAAUCAGAAAACACAAAGAGAAGAUGAGCAAAGAUGGUAAAAAGAAGAAAAAGAAGACAAAGACAAAGUGUAUAAUUAUGUAAAUACAAUUUAUCCUUAUUCUUAAGAAGUACUUAAGUAAUUUUUGUACAUUACACUAAAUUAUUAGCAUUUGUUUUAGCAUUACUUUACUUUCUGCUUCAUGAUCCUGUUAGCUUUACCUGAAUGCUUGUUUUAAAUGACAGUGGAAACUUCAUUCCUCUUAAAGUGCCAGUAUUCUUUGACUGUUGGUUCUUGAACUAGCGAUGCCUGUGAAAACAACAACAAAAAAACACUGAAAAAAAAACAAAAAAAAACCCACAAAAAGAAAAACCCAAACAAAAAACCACACACAAAAACCUGAGAACUGUUUUAGGACUCUUUGGUGCAUGUACGGUUGCUAACUUUCUGUUUUUCUUACUGAUUGUGAACUUCUGUUCUGUGUGUGAACCAAACUAUGAAAUGAUGCUCUACACGUUCUAACAUCCCCUUUAAUUUUUUGGGUUUUAAAUCUCGUUGGGAAAAAGGACUAGUUAGAAAAAGAGACUUUCAUUUCAGCCUUUCUUUUAUUUUAGACUGACUGCAAUAUAGAGAGACCAGAAGCCUUUAUAGUCUUCCUGUAGAUUUUGCUU